AUGGCACAAGAAACCAACGGUUUUUCCUCCACGCCGACUAACGGGAUCAGCCGCGAUGAGAUUGCCCUCUAUGACCGGCAAAUCCGACUCUGGGGCAUGAAGGCCCAAGAAAAGAUCCGGAAUGCGAACGUCCUUCUGAUUACCAUCCGAGCCCUGGGCAACGAGAUUGCAAAAAAUCUUGUCCUAGCCGGCAUUGGCUCACUCACCAUCGUCGAUUCGGCUCCCAUCACCGAGGCCGACUUUGGCGCCCAGUUCUUCCUCUCUUCCGAGGAUACACCCAUCGGGACUAAUCGCGCUGUUGCCGCCAAGGAUAAUGUCCAGCGCCUGAACCCCCGCGUUCGCAUCACCGUUGACACGGAAGACAUCCGCACCAAGUCCCCUGACUUCUUCGAACCUUUCAACAUCAUCAUCGCAAGUGACCUAGACCCCACAACUCUUACCCAAGUCAACUCUGCCGCCCGUCAAUACAACCGCCCCUUUUACGUCGCCGCCAGCCACGGCAUGUACGGUUACCUCUUCGCCGACCUCAUCGACCACACCUACGUCAUCACCCGCGCCAAAUCCAACGUCACAACCCCCUUGGGCGCCGAAACCCGCACGCGCAGCGUGCUCUCCGUCCAGCCCAAGCCCGGCGACGAGAAAACGACCGAGCUUGUCACCAAGCGCGAGCUCUAUUCCCCCUGGUCCCUAGCCACCUCCCGCCAUGGUGAACUACCCCCAGACAUCCUCCGCUCCCCCCGCCGUCGCAGAGCCGUUACCCCUUUGCUAAGCUGCUUUUUCGCUCUGUGGGAAUUCCCAUCCCAUACAGAUCACGUCUUGCCCGAUGCCAACUCCCGCGACGACCUUGCCCUCUUCACGCGGCUUUGCACAGAGCAACAUAAGCGCCUCGGCCUACCAGCGGACACACUACGGAGCGAAGUCAUUCGAGCGUUCCUGCAGAAUAUAGGGUCGGAGAUUGCGCCCGUGACUGCCGUGCUGGGCGGACAGCUUGCGCAGGAUGUUAUUAAUGUGCUGGGGCAGACGCAGCAGCCGGUGCAGAAUCUGGUAGUAUUUGAUGGUGACGCGAUGGAGGCGAGUCAGUUUGCGUUGCAUCCGAAGGAAGGGGAGUUGGGGAAGGGGAUGGAGGGUGUUGAGGCUGCUGCGGCCGUAGUAGCGUAG